AUGGCGUUAUCAGGAGUGAUAUGCGAACCAACAACAACGGAAGCAAACGAAUACGAUUCUCUCUCUGAUAAAAUAUCGGACCUCAGCGAGGAAUCUGCAGAUGAGUUGGAAAUUGACCCGGCCGAUGCACUUGUUGUGGAAGAAGUUGUCGACAAGUGUUUCAAAAUUGUUCUUGCCGACCAAGCGGAAGAAACAACAACUGAAGGAGCAGCAGCAAUAGCAGCGGUGACAAAAGAAAAUGCAGAGAAGCCAGAAGCUGAGGAGGAAAAUGCUGGGGCUAUGGGAGAAUGCGUCUCAACCAUCUUCAAUAACGACGUUCUGUUGUGUGAAAAUGGACUGAACAUCCCUGACCCAAGCUUCUGUUACGGCCUUGUUGAACAGUAUUGCGCUGAGCGCAGAUCGUGUGAAGAUCAAAACGGAGAAGAAAAUCAUGUCGAGGAGCCCAUUCACGAAACUACGGAGCAGCCGCAGCAGGAUCUAGAGGAUUCAACUGUCCGCGUACCAGUAGAAAACGGCAACAGUACUUAA